AUGGCGGACCAAGACGAUGAAGUGUGAGUUUGGAUAUUUUGCACAAUUUGAUUAAAAACAUUUUUUUUCAGGCCAUUGUCAUGUGGUUGCGGUAAAUGUACAGUGGUAGUUCCAUAUAAUCAUUAUGAACGAGAGCAGCAUUCGCAUACAUUUAAGGGUGAUAUUUCUACUUCUUCACUGCAUGUUGCAGCUGGAAUUCAUAUGUUGAAUCGGAAAAAACUUGAAUUGACUACAGUUGAAGCGCCACUGUUUGCUCAAGAAUUCAAACCAUCUUUCGCAGACAAAGUGAAUGCAGUAUAUAGUUUCAGUUCUUGUCCAAGAAUUCUGAAGUAUGCAGAACGUUUCAAUGAUUGGAAGGGGGCAGUGCAAAAAGUUCGCAGAAAUUUGAAAGAAAAAAUUGGUCAAGCAACGGAUAUCAUUAUUGAAGUCAAAACAUUGUCUGGAAGAUCAAUGAAAAUUCAAAUCGAGCCGCAAGAAAGUGUGAAAAAUAUCAAGCGAGAUAUCGAAUAUAAAGAAGAUAUUGCGGCAAACACACAAAAGUUGGUUUUCAAUGGAAAAGUUCUGGAAGAUAAUAACACUGCUGAUUUUUAUGAGGUAAGUUCUAUUAUUUGAGUGAUGAAAAAUAAGCAGAGAUUUUAUUUGAGAUUGUUGAUGGAUCGUCUGUUCAACUUUUUUCUCCGUCUGUGCCACGGGUUCGUUAUUUUUGUUUUUUGUUUGUUAAUGUUUAAACAUUAUCUGAUUUUCAGGCUCCUCACAAAGAUGACCCUGUAUAUCUCGAUUGGAUGUUAAGUUUCGGUAGCUAG